CGAACAUAAGCCAGAUGCUUUAAGUAGUAUUUUAAUAUAGCUUAUCAGUUUAGAAAACAAGGAAAAAAAAUUAAAAAACAGACAGGAAAUGAAUCGUUAUAUGAUUUUAUCGCAACUUGGUGAUGGCACUUAUGGAACCGUCGUACUUGGACAGCGAAAAGAUAACAAUGAAAAAGUCGCCAUUAAACGAAUGAAAAGAAAAUAUUAUUCGUGGGAGGAGGCGAUGGCAUUGAGAGAAGUUAAGUCUCUUAAGAAACUGUCACAUGCAAAUGUAGUAAAACUUAAGGAAGUUAUUAGAGAAAACGACAUUCUAUACUUUGUGUUUGAAUAUAUGCAUGAGAAUCUAUAUCAACUAAUAAAGGAUAGAGAAACACAUUUUCCAGAAAAUACCAUUAAAAUUAUUUUACUGCAAAUAUUUGCGGGUCUUGCGUUUAUGCAUCGACAUGGCUUCUUUCAUAGAGAUUUAAAACCUGAAAAUUUACUAUGUAAUGGUCCAGAACUAGUGAAAAUUGCAGAUUUUGGUUUAGCGAGAGAAAUCAGAUCCCGACCACCAUAUACUGACUAUGUGUCUACAAGAUGGUACAGAGCGCCAGAAGUACUUCUUCAUUCUACAAGAUAUUCAAGUGCAAUAGAUCUUUGGGCAAUAGGAUGCAUUGCUUCAGAGCUAUAUACAUUUCGUCCAAUUUUUCCAGGCUCAAGCGAAGUUGAUCAAUUAUUUAAAAUUUGUUCAAUUAUGGGAACUCCUGAUAAGAAUGAAUGGUCUGAAGGACAUCGACUGGCAGCAGCAAUACAAUUUCGUUUUCCUGAGUGUCCGAAAAUUCCUUUGACAAGUGUAAUUACAAGAGCAAGUCAACAAGGCCUUCAUCUCAUUGAAGAUUUACUUUGUUGGGAUCCAGAUAAACGUCCAAAUGCUCAACAAUCACAGCGAUAUCCUUACUUUAUGAAUGUCAAAAAUACCACAUCAGCAUCUAUAAGACCACAAGUACUUCAACAAAGCGCAUUGCAAAAUGGUCGAUUAUCAAUAAUGGAUGUAGAAGCAUUGGACAAUACAGCAUUGAUGAAUAGAUUCAAUGUUAAUUCAAAAUUCUCUACUAAUAAUGAUAUUAAUGACACAAAUUCAAUAAUGAAUGGGUCAAAAAUGGCACAAAAAGAUGAAAAAGGUUUCCUUAUAGACACUAGUUCAAAUGACACAAAAAAAUCAGGAAAAAGUUUCACAAAGUUCCAAUCUAAUUUUAGUAUUCUUAAUGACAUGUUUAACAAUAUGAAAACUGAUACCAACAAUAAUGACAAGAUCUUAAAAGAUAAAAACCAAAAGCACACAGAAAACAAUAAAUCUCCUUCUAGUUGUAAUCCUUCGAAAAAAAUGGAAGAUGCUGAUCGCUUGAGUGAAAAAGAGAAAAUUAAUGAUGUAUUCUUGAAUUUAUUAAAAGAUCAGAAAGAUCCUGUAGAAUAUAAUUCAACUUAUAAUAGUUCUACAAGCUUUUAUCUUCAUGAACCAAAGCCAUCUCAACAAACACGUGUAAGACAGAAAAACGAUUCAGGAAUUAGUUUCAAGAUGCUUUCAAAAGGUGUUCGAGACAAUUCUUUUGAUGAAGGAUUCUUUGAUAGCCUCAACAAUGGUGGACGAAAAAGUAAAGCUAGUGCUAAGGAUGGUGUCGUAAAAGAUUGGGACGAAGGAAUGGAAGACGAUGAGUUAGCUUCAAUAUUAGGGAGUAAAAUAAAAUCUGCUAAACGACCAAAUAACGAUAUCAAUCUUGAUGAUAUUUUUGAUUCAUUUUAUUCUAAAGAAGUGACAAAAUAUCCUACUACAGUGCCAAUCACGAAAGCAACUACUCGAAAUAAUGGCGACUUAUAUGAUAUCUCUAACGAUUCUAAACACUUAAGUGCAAGUGUUGCAUUGCAAAGAAGGAGGCAGUCUACACAGCAGAUCUUCCUAUCCAAUAAUAAAAGUGUACUCAAUGGAAAUUCACAGGCCACAGAAUAUAAACUCAAUAAUAUACCUGUAAAACUGUUCUCAUGGGAAGAGCCUCAGAAGCUUCAAGAGGAAAAACCAUUUAAAAUUGUACAGCAAAAUGGCAGUUUUAAUGAUGCUACAAAAAUGGCAAAUUUCAGGACAGACUGGUCAGCGAAGUAUCUUUACAAAUAA